ACGUUGGUGACGUGAAUGGCGAGAGUGAAAUGUGAAACUCCGCAAAUGUAAAAACAAGAUAAGAAGCAGAAAAAGUUAAUAAUUUUGUUGUUUAAAUUCGUUUAAAUUAAGUUUAUUUUUUAGAAGUAAAGAACGAAACUAUAAGGAAAAAAAGUCAGAAAAUUAUAAACCAUGGCGGAAAAUACGCAGGCGGAAUCAUAUUUCACCAACACUUUGGGAACACAGCAACUUCAAGAGGAAAUAAGUGAUCAGGAUCAUAUUGAACCUCGACAGGCGAAUCUUUUUCUAAUAGACACAUCGCCUGCUAUGUUCGAAACAAGCGGCGAUAACGAAGAAUCACCUUUCAUGAGUAGUAUUUUGCUCUAUAAAAAUAAUAUGCAAAUGCUGUGUGCAUUUAAUCGAGACGAUCAAAUGAGUUUAAUGCUUUUCGCAACAAACGAAUGGGACCAAAAUCCAGAAACGAGAAAUGUUUUCACAGUUCAAAAAUUUCAUAAAGUUACCCUUGAAAUGCUGAAGGAAAUCAAAGGAAAAAUUGAAAAUAAUGCGGAAUAUUUUAAUUUACUGAGUUCGCCAACGGAAUAUCCUCUGCACGAUGCUCUCUGGCAUGCGGCACAGGCAUUUUCAGCCGUGAGGACAGUUGUAAUUUCUCGUAAAAUAAUUCUUUUAACAUGUCAAGACAAUCCCUAUGCAGACAAUCAAGGGGAGUGUAACAGAAUUAGAGCAAGAGUUGCGACAUUCAAAAAUCUUGGAAUUGAUUUUCGAGUAAUUGGCUUAAAAAAUGGAUUCAAUCAUAUAUCGUUUUACAAAGAUCUUGAAAUAAUUUCCAGUGGAAUGAAUUCACAAAUUUAUAAACCACUUCAACUUAAUGAUCUUGAGGCGGAAAUUCAAUUUCCCUCGAGAACAAUAUCGAAUAUUUCUUGGAUGUUUAGCCAAGAUGUCGUUGUUCCAGUUUCUAUUUAUACAAUUUCAACAGAGACCAAAUUUCCGGAUCAGGUUUAUUGUAAUAAAGAAAACAAUGAAAUUUUGAAAGGUUCUACAGUGUUUAAAAAAACAAAUGAAGAAUUUGUAGAUGAUUCUGAUGAUGAGGGAAAUGAAGUGGCGUUUGAUUCCAAAAUUGUCGCUCCUGGUGGAUUGGCAAAAUUUCAAGAGCACGGAGGUAGAAAAAUUGUAGCUGACUCGAAGGAAUUGAAUUCGAUGUUCAAUCAUUUUACGAAGGGAAUUGAAACACUUUGCUUCAAGCCCAUUGAAUGCGAUCCCAUGUAUCACGUGGAGGGUCCGAAAUUUCUCACUAUCGGCAAAACAGAAGCAAGCGAAUCGCAGAAACAAAUUUUCGACACUUUGGUUGAUAGAUGCGUGGCUAGAGAAUUGAUGAUUGUCACUCGUGUUACUGCUAGAAUACAUUCGACCCCGAGUUUAUAUUAUUUAUAUCCAGAUGCGGGGAAAGGUGGCUUUUAUAUGUACAAAAUGGCUUAUGAAGAUCAUGUUCGUAAUUUAGAUAAACCUCUAUCAACUUGGAUUUACAAAGACGAUUGGCCACAUUAUCCGGAUGAAGGCGCGACGGACAUUUUCGAGAAAAUCGUCAAGAAGACGAGAAUAAAGUACGAUCCGAAGUUGUUCAGGAAUCCGAGACUUGAAACUUUAGUGGCAAAUAUCGAAGCUUUGGCUUUGGAGUUGAAUGAAGUGUCCAUACCUCCUGAUUCCACACUUCCAUCGAAAAAACUUGAGCAGCGACUCGAGGAAAUAUUGCCCGAAUAUAGGAGAUAUUUCUCAGAUGAUGACUGCGAAGUACCUGCAAAGAGAAUGAGACUCAUGGAUGAUGCGGUCAUACUCGAUCAUAUACGAGAUAGAACUGUGAAUAAAUUAACAGUUGCAGCAUUAAAAGAAUUCUUGGUGCACAAAAACGUUCCAGUCGGCAAUGCAAAAAAAGCCGAGUUGGUGGAUAAAGUUUACCAGUUCCAUCAAAAUCGUUAAAAGUUAAAAAAAAAGUUACUUACUUUGAUUCAAAUAAAAAUUUACCCGUUUCCUUUUUCAGUGUUUAA